UGGGGUCUGGGCCAGUUAAAAGGGUGGGAGCCGCCCAGGACCCAUCUCUCGGGUGGAGUCUUCCGACAGCUGGUGCCGCGGUCCUCAGGAACAUCCUCCUGUGCCUCAGUCAUGGCUUGUGGUCUGGUCGCCAGCAACCUGAAUCUCAAACCCGGGGAGUGCCUCCGAGUGCGGGGCGAAGUGGCCCCCGACGCCAAGAGCUUUGUGCUGAACCUGGGCAAAGACAGCGACAACCUGUGCCUGCACUUCAACCCUCGCUUCAACAUGCACGGGGACGCCAACACCAUUGUGUGCAACAGCAAGGAUGGCGGGGCCUGGGGGACCGAGCAACGGGAGUCGGCCUUCCCCUUCCAGCCUGGAAGUGUCAUGGAGGUGUGCAUCUCCUUCGACAAGGCAGACCUGACCAUCACGCUGCCGGAUGGCUACUCGUUCAAGUUCCCCAACCGCCUCAACCUGGAGGCCGUCAACUACCUGUCGGCCAAUGGUGACUUCAAGAUCAAGUGUGUGGCCUUUGAGUGAAGCCAGCCAGCCCAUGGCCCCCAAUAAAGGCAGCUGCCUCUGCUCUCCCUG